UUGGUGUGAUGGAAGGUUCACAAUACUAUUUGUUGUAUCCACGCAACUCCGAAGUAUUUGCAAUCCACCAAAAUGCUUCUUUCGACUUCGUUAUUGUAGAAGCCUUAAAAAUGGAGUACAUGAAGUCGUAGGUAUACGAUACAAUUAUUGUACGCUACAAAUUCAAGUGCCCACACCGCAAACUGCUCCGUCGAUGAUAUUGUAUGCGUACACAGCCUUCACGGUUAUCUAAUUUAGAUAAGUGUUCGUUUCAUGCGUCGGCGUGGACACGAUGAUUAACACGUCAUAUUAUAUUGCAUUUGACAUAUUUUUCGACCAACAACAAUUAUUUUGGGUUUUAUGCGAUACGCUGAUGGCCAUCGUUCGGUAGAUGCACUGAAACUGUGUCAGUUUGCACGUAAACCGUGCAUUUGCAACAAUAUUGCAACGAAUUCCGGUCGGAUGUAAUCAUUUUCGGUGACAUAAACAUUUGACGUCCGAAAUUUAAUUUAUCAACCAUCACUUCAUCCAUCUAAACAACCCCUGCACCCACUAGGCGGAAGAGAGAGGGUCGACAAUCGUGGUUCACGGUGUGCGCCGAUCGAAGUCAUUUUUAUCCACUGAUGAAUUUGAAAAUCGUUUGAAGAAAAUUAUGAAGUACGGGCCACGACCGAUAAAACUCUGGUAACGGGUUAUUAGGAUAUGGUUAUGACCCACCACCUUAAAUAAUAUUAUGUGACGAGACAACGAGUGUAAACAAAGUAUAGACACGAAACUACCCGUGUAAGCUGUACACAUUGUAUUGAUCUCGUGAUGUCCAACCUGCACAUGGGCGACGACGGAGAGUUUGAAGAAUCUAUGCGCAAAGUCAAUCUCAUAGGUGGUAUUAUUAAGGAUUUGAGUUCGCAGAAUGAAGCCAAGUCCAGAAUAGGCAUGCUCAGGGCAGAAGAGCUGCUUGGCGACGGUGAAAAAACUUGGGACGAAAGUUCACUGAAAACUGUGCAAAACGGUACGACGAUAAACCGUAAGGCUUUCGAAGACCUAGGCAAACCCAAAGAUGAAAUACCCUCAGAUGCUGCCGGAUUCAUGGCACACGUAGAAAGAGACGCAAAACAGAGGUCCGAAGCUAAGAAAAAAGAAAUAAAACGUUCAGACUAUUUGAAAACGAUGGGCAACUGUGAGUACCGCAAAGGAAAUUAUGAAAAAGCUCUCAUCUACUACAAUCAAGCCAUCGACGUGCGCAAAGAUAGCUGCGUGCUGUUCACCAACCGGGCACUGACCAAGAUCAAUUUGGGUCUAAUGGACGAAGUCGUCAGCGAUUGCGAUCGAGCGUUGCGCCUCAACGACCGAUCGCUGAACGCCGUCCUUUACAAGGCUGAAGCAUUAUGGGGGUUGGGCGAUACCAGAGCUGCCGAGGAUUUGCUAGAGACCGCACUCAAAACUCACUCUGAUCAGACGAAACGCAUACAAGACUACCGAAAUAAACUGAGCUGCAGUCGUUAAUACCCAUGCUGUAAAUCCUUCGCCACCUUCAUGCACAUCAUCAUGCACAAAUGCA